ACUGAAUCUCAGAGAGUUGAAACAGAAUCUCUCAGAGUGUGAAAGAGAGAUGGGGUGGGCCAUCGCACUCCACGGCGGCGCCGGCGACAUCCCGCUCUCUCUUCCGCCGGAGCGCCGCCAGCCUCGCGAGGCCGCCCUCCGCCACUGCCUCCAGAUCGGCGUCGAAGCUCUCAAGGCCAACAAGCCUCCUCUCGACGUCGUCGAGCUUGUGGUUCGUGAGCUGGAGAAUAUUCCGGUGUUCAACGCCGGAAAGGGGUCUGUGUUGACCAGCAGCGGCACGGUGGAGAUGGAAGCUUGUAUUAUGGACGGCACUAAGAGAUGUGGAGCUGUUUCUGGCCUCACUACUGUAGUCAAUCCCAUAUCUUUGGCCAGAUUGGUCAUGGAGAACACUCCUCAUAUCUAUCUCGCUUUUGAUGGAGCUGAGGCCUUUGCUAGGGAACAAGGCGUUGAGUGUGUAGAUGCGAAUAGCUUCAUUACCGCGGAGAAUGUUGAGAGGCUAAAGCAGGCAAAAGAGGCCAACAGAGUGCAGAUUGAUUAUACACAACCGAUUAAGAAAUAUGUGAAGGAAGAAACACCAGAAGCUGAUGGUGAUAGCCAGCUUGGAACUGUUGGAUGUGUGGCUGUUGAUGAUCUUGGGAAUUUAGCUUCUGCAACUUCAACAGGCGGAUUAGUCAACAAGAUGGUUGGCCGGAUUGGGGACACACCUAUUAUCGGUGCAGGGACGUACGCCAACAACCUUUGUGCAGUUUCUGCCACUGGCAAAGGUGAAGCAAUAAUCCGGAGUACAGCUGCGAGGGAUGUGGCAGCUUUUAUGGAGUACAAAGGUGUUUCUCUCAAAGACGCUGCAGCUUUUGUUGUAGAGGAGAGCACUCCAAAAGGCAAUGUAGGCUUGGUUGCUGUAUCUGCCAAAGGAGAUGUCACAAUGCCUUUCAAUACAACAGGGAUGUUUCGAGCUUGCGCUACGGAGGAUGGGUAUUGGGAGAUCGGAAUAUGGCCUUCUGAUGUGCAAAAAUGAGUUGUUUGGGUCAGCUUAGUUUUAAGUCAAGAAUCUACUCGGAUGAUUUGCAUACUUUAUCUAUGGAAGAUAACCAGAAUUGAUUCUGUCAUAUUAAAAAUAAAAAUAAAUAAAUAAAUCAAAAAUAAAUAAAACAGAAUUGAUUCUGUGCUCUAAUAUAUAAUAUCAAGUGUAUGUGGUUUUCAUGAGUUA